GUCUACAACGUUCUCAUGUCUGCUUUUAAGACCAGCCCCCCGGCCGCGGGGAGGGAGGUUCCUGUGUUACACAGCGCCACAGCGAUUGACUCUUUUAUUCUACUUAGCUCCGCACACACAGACAUGGCAGAAGUCGCUCCCGCGCCCGCCGCCGCGCCGGCCAAAGCGCCCAAGAAGAAAGCAGCUUCGAGGACCAAGAAAGCGGGUCCCAGCGUCGGCGAGCUCAUCGUCAAGGCGGUUUCCUCGUCCAAGGAGAGGAGCGGCGUGUCGCUCGCCGCUUUGAAGAAGGCUUUGGCUGCCGGCGGAUACGAUGUGGAGAAGAACAACUCCCGCGUCAAGCUCGCCGUCAAGAGCCUCGUGACAAAGGGCACUCUGGUGCAGACCAAAGGGACCGGCGCGUCUGGCUCUUUCAAGCUGAACAAGAAGCAGACCGAAGCCAAGAAGCCCGCAAAGAAAGCCGCGCCCAAACCCAAGAAGGCGGCAGCCAAGAAGCCCGCCGCGGCUAAGAAGCCCAAGAAGGUAGCGGCCAAGAAACCCGCCGCCGCCGCCAAGAAGUCUCCUAAGAAGGCGAAGAAGCCCGCCGCCGCCGCCAAGAAAGCCACCAAGAGCCCCAAGAAGGCGAAGAAGCCGGCGACCCCUAAAAAGGCAGCCAAGAGCCCCAAGAAGGCAAAGGCUGUGAAGCCCAAGACAGCAAAGCCCAAAGCGGCAAAGGCGAAAAAGGCAGCCCCCAAAAAGAAAUAAACAUGUUUGUGUGUUUAAUUCAUGUUUUUGAUCCUUAAACGGCUCUUUUAAGAGCCACCCAUAUUUU